GAGGAAUCGCCAGAGCAGGGUGGUGAAUCAGCGAUGACGGAUGACUGAUCCGGAUUUACAGAAGGGGAAAGGCGGUGUCGGGGCGGUGGCGGAGGGGCGGUACCGGUACCUGGGCGUUGCGGCGUUAGCAGUGCCUGUAGCGCCACGGAUUGACUGGAGCUGCUGCAGGUCAUCUACAAUUAUCCAUGCGACAGAAGCAAGAAGCUGAGAUGCCUGUAGAUGUAGGGACGUUUUCCAGAUCUCUCCAGAUUUCAUUCUACCUAAUGUGCCUUGCAUUUAUUUCUUGUGUAUUUUUUUGCUAAUGAUCAAGCAGCUCACAUUGAACUACCCUAAGGGUAUCAGUGAUCAGAAGCGGCAUCAUUCAAUCUCAGCUCAGCCCAGGCCAGCAAGCAGCAUUCAAAGUACCGGUACCUGCACGCUGAACGUCAUCUGCGCAGGCAAAGAGGUCAUGCAAGUGUAUCGAGUCAGCUCCAGGGCAGCUCUCGACUGCCUAAUUGGCCUCUUGUUAAUCCAUGCCAAAACGACGGGCGCCUAAUAGGCAUUCACUCGUGCUUCACGAAAUGCGAAUUAGGUAGCAGUAUUUGAGAUCCGAGACAGCGAUUGCUUUCUUCUCAACCGUGAUCAAUACUCAUCGACUGCUGUAGUGUCGCAAACAGUACCUAUGCCUGUACCAGU